AUGAUGAGCUCGAAUUUCCUCGAGACCGCCGGCGACGGAGACGGAGCAGCGCGCUUUGGACGCAUGCCCGAUGACUGGAUGAACGGCAUCGAUACUGCCGCCAUGCCCUUCUCCGGCCUGGAUGCUUCAUACGAGGCUUCUACACAGCAGAACCCUCUUCAGUCUCCAGAGACGCCUAGUCUCGAUAACACCGUCUUCCCCUCCCCCCUGACAGACCUUGCCUACCUUGACCGUUCCUUUGGAGACUUCUCCUCCAACUAUGCCAUCCAUCCUACAACGCCGGGACAGUUCCCCGUCCACCCGCCCCAUCGCACUUCAUCCAACUUCUCUGAAGGCUACGACCUGUCAUCUGCCAGUCCAUCCCUCGGCCCCGUCUGGCCCGCUCACGUCUCGCCGGCGGCGACGUUCCUCCCCACGCCGCCCAUGGCAGACGAGCUGUCGGCCGCCUCGUCCGAGCCCGAGGAAGACAAUCAGGAUGAUGAUGACUACGACGAUGACUCGUCGGAGCCCGCGAGCAAGAAGCGCAAGCGUUCCACGGCAUCCAAGAUAACAAAAACAAAGGGUAGCAAAGACACCCUCAAGCGCAAUCCAACGCAGCUGCGCACCGCUUCUCGUGCUCCCAAGAAACGCGGCGCUGCAGCUGCUCAGCCCAGACACCCCAGCGAGACGUCUGAGGAAGUCAAGGCGCGGGCUGCGCACAACCAGGUUGAGCAGCAAUACCGCAAGCGCCUCAACACUCACUUUGAGCGCCUGCUUGCUGUAUUGCCUCCUCCAGGCACAGAAGGCGGCAUCGCCAAUGACCGCCGAGUGAGUAAAGCCGAAGUGCUUGAUCUUGCACGCGAAAGAAUUCGUGCGCUUGAGAAGCAAACGGCUAGACUCGAGAGAGAAAGGAGGGAGCUCCGAGGAAGAAUUGCUCCGGAUGGAAGACGAGUUUUGGUUUAG